CAGCAGGACCGUGUUAAAGGCAAAAGGAACUGGCUGGGGAGGGGAGCCCAGCCUGGGGUGUGUGAUUGACACCCCCCAAACCCUUCUACCUUGGGACACACACAGGGGACCCCUCAUGCCUCCCUCCCCUCUCCUCUUUCCCCUCUGAGGUUCUCCACCCCUUAUCCCUCCCUUUCCUGAUUCUCUCCAUCCCAGGCCCCUUUUCCCUCAUCUAUUUCUCCUUCACCUUUCUGGGGUUUUCCAUCCCUGAUCCUCAUCCUCUGUCUCUCCUCCCCUCACUUAAAGCUCUUCUGGAUCCACCAUCCCUCCUUACACCCUCUAAGGCUUUGCAUCCCAGACCCCCCAUCCUUCUCCCCUGAGGCUCUCCCCUCUUGGGACUCUCCAUUUCAGACUCCUCUCACCCACCCAAGGUGUCCCUCUAUAUCCCUGAGACUCCCCCACCCCCUGUGCCACCAUGACUGUGAUGGCUGGAGAGAACAUGGAUGAGACCUCUGUCCUGCCAGGCCACCCGCAGGAUAGCUACCAGCCAGACGCCCAUGAUGACCAUGAGUGCUGCGAGCGGGUGGUGAUCAACAUCGCCGGGCUGCGCUUUGAGACCCAGCUGAAGACCCUAGCCCAGUUCCCCAACACGCUGCUGGGGAACCCCAAAAAGCGCAUGCGGUAUUUUGACCCAUUGCGCAAUGAGUAUUUCUUUGACCGGAACCGGCCCAGCUUCGAUGCCAUCCUCUAUUACUACCAGUCUGGAGGCAGGCUCCGCAGGCCAGUCAAUGUGCCUCUGGACAUGUUCUCUGAGGAGAUAAAAUUUUAUGAGCUAGGUGAGGAGGCCAUGGAGAAAUUCCGGGAGGAUGAAGGGUACAUCAAGGAGGAGGAGAGGCCCUUGCCCGAGAAGGAAUACCAGCGCCAGGUGUGGCUCCUGUUUGAGUACCCAGAGAGCUCCGGGCCAGCCAGGGUCAUUGCAAUAAUCUCAGUCAUGGUGAUCCUCAUCUCCAUAGUCAUCUUCUGCCUAGAAACUUUGCCGGAUCUGAAGGAGGACAAGGACUUUACAGGGACUCUGCACCGCAUUGACAACUCCACCGUGAUCUACAAGUCCAGCAUUUUUACCGACCCUUUCUUCAUCGUGGAAACCCUUUGCAUCAUCUGGUUUUCCUUUGAGCUGGUGGUGCGCUUCUUCGCCUGUCCCAGCAAGCCCGAGUUUUUCAAGAAUAUCAUGAAUUUCAUUGACAUAGUGGCCAUCAUCCCCUACUUCAUCACCUUAGGAACUGAGAUGGCUGAGCAGGAAGGUACCCAAAAGGGGGAGCAGGCCACCUCUCUGGCUAUCCUGAGAGUCAUCAGACUGGUAAGAGUCUUUAGAAUCUUCAAACUCUCCAGACAUUCUAAGGGCCUCCAGAUUUUGGGACAAACCCUCAAAGCAAGCAUGAGAGAGUUAGGUUUACUAAUCUUCUUUCUUUUCAUUGGGGUGAUCUUGUUCUCCAGCGCGGUGUAUUUUGCUGAAGCUGAAGAACCUGUGACUUAUUUCACAAGCAUCCCUGAUGCUUUCUGGUGGGCUGUGGUAACCAUGACCACUGUGGGAUAUGGUGACAUGUACCCUGUGACAAUUGGAGGCAAAAUUGUAGGCUCCUUGUGUGCCAUCGCUGGCGUGCUGACAAUUGCCCUGCCUGUACCUGUCAUCGUGUCCAACUUCAACUACUUCUACCACCGAGAAACAGAAGGGGAAGAACAGGCUCAGUUACUCCAUGUUAGCUCCCCCAAUUUAGCAUCUCACAGUGAUCUGAGUCGCCGUAGCUCCUCCACAAUCAGCAAAUCUGAGUACAUGGAAAUCGAAGAGGAUAUGAAUAAUAGCAUAGACAAUUUUAGAGAGGCUAAUCUCAGAACUGGCAACUGCACCAUAGCCAAUCAAAACUGUGUUAAUAAAAACAAACUGCUGACUGAUGUGUAA